UGCGUGCGCCGCGCCUUGGCCGGAGAGGAUGCGCCUCCUCCGAGCUGCCGCCGCCGCCGCUUCUGUCCGGGGAGCGCGGUGAUUAGCCAGAUGGAGCCCGGCCUGCCCGGCUGACGGAGCGGGGGAGGAGGAGCAGGGGGGCUUUUGUUGCCUCUGCGAGCCGCUGGAUCGUCGGGAAAAGGCACCGGACCGAGGUCGUCAUCAGUGAUAACAUCAUAUAGCAAAAAACAUAUUUUUAGAUACUAGCUGCACAUUACCCAAAGAUCGUCAUGGCGUGCCUGCAUGAGACCCGUACACCUUCCCCAUCUUUUGGCAGCUUCAACACUAUCCUUACGGAGAGCUCCCUCCGCAAGUUGGACCCGGAUGCCUCUGACUGCACCCCUGAAAAGGACCUGACCCCGACACAAUGUGUAUUGCGGGACGUGUUGCCCAUCGAUGGCGGCGGAGGGGGCGGCGGAGGACACAGCCCCACGCCCAGCGAGGAGACGCAUGACCAGUUUGCCAACAGUGUGCUGCAGCUACAAGAGAACGAAGCUGGUGGAGGGGGAGCUGGUGCCGGAGCUGGCGCUGGGAAUCCUGAGGUGCGGGCUACCCGUUACCAUGCCGACCAAGUACGGAUCCACUGCCAAACAGGGAGUGGCUUUCUGGAAGGGCUAUUUGGUUGCCUCAAACCUGUUUGGACCAUGAUCGGCAAAGCAUAUUCUACCGAACACAAGCAACAACAAGAAGACCCUUGGGAGGUACCCUUUGAAGAGAUCAUGGACCUCCAGUGGGUGGGCAGCGGAGCCCAAGGUGCCGUCUUCCUGGGGCGCUUCCAUGGAGAGGAGGUGGCCGUCAAGAAGGUGCGAGACCUCAAGGAGACAGAUAUCAAGCACCUGCGGAAGCUGAAACACCCCAACAUCAUCACCUUCAAGGGGGUGUGCACGCAAGCUCCUUGUUACUGCAUCAUCAUGGAAUUUUGCGCCCAGGGCCAGCUGUAUGAGGUGCUGCGAGCAGGGCGGAAGGUCACUCCAUCCCUCUUGGUCGACUGGUCUAUGGGUAUCGCUGGCGGAAUGAAUUAUCUGCACCUACAUAAAAUCAUCCACCGUGAUCUGAAGUCCCCCAACAUGCUGAUCACCUACGAUGAUGUGGUGAAGAUCUCCGACUUUGGCACCUCCAAAGAGCUCAGUGACAAGAGCACCAAGAUGUCUUUUGCCGGCACUGUGGCCUGGAUGGCACCGGAAGUCAUUCGCAAUGAACCUGUCUCUGAGAAAGUGGACAUCUGGUCCUUUGGAGUUGUUCUCUGGGAGCUGCUGACGGGCGAGAUCCCUUACAAGGAUGUGGAUUCCUCAGCCAUAAUCUGGGGGGUAGGCAGUAACAGCCUUCAUCUGCCUGUGCCAACCAGCUGCCCUGAUGGCUUCAAGAUCCUGCUGAGACAGUGCUGGAAUAGCAAACCCCGGAACCGUCCAUCCUUCCGACAGAUCCUACUGCACCUGGACAUUGCAUCUGCUGAUGUGCUAUCUACACCACAGGAGACCUACUUCAAAUCCCAGGCCGAGUGGCGCGAAGAGGUGAAGCUGCAUUUUGAAAAGAUCAAGUCAGAGGGGACGUGUCUGCACCGCUUGGAGGAGGAGCUUAUCCACCGGCGGCGAGAAGAACUCAGGCAUGCUUUGGAUAUCCGGGAGCACUAUGAGCGCAAGCUGGAGAGGGCGAACAACCUCUACAUGGAGCUCAACUCCCUCAUGCUACAACUGGAGCUUAAAGAGAAGGAGCUUCUCCGGCGGGAGCAGGCACUAGAGAAGAAGUACCCAGGACUCUUUAAGCACCAUCCAUCCCGCAGUCUUCUACACGGCAACACAGUGGAGAAGCUAAUCAAGAAGAGGAAUGUGCCUCAGAAGCUGUCUCCACACAGUAAGAGGCCUGACAUUUUGAAGACAGAGGUGAUCAUGGACCCAACGUUGCCCCAGCUUGCCAUCCCCGUAUGCCAGAAGGGCCCCCCGUCCCCUGGGCGCAGUCGCCGGGCCAAGUCACGCUACCGCAAAGUUAGCACCCGGGGAAGUUGUGGGGAACUGGCCGAACCCGCGGGAGCCAAACGCCUGGAGCCCUGCGCAGCCUUGCGAGGGCUUCAGCAUGAUCUACUGCUACGCAAGAUGUCGUCUUCCAGCCCCGAUCUCAUCUCCACAACUCUGGGAGCUGAGGGUCGCAAAGAAGCAGCCGGGCCUGAAUCGCCACCAGCAGAGCAGCCCCGCAGUGAGACCCCCAGUGAGGACACUGCCUCUGUGCCCUGUUCCAGCAGCCCUGAGUCGCCCUCCUCCCGACAGGGUGCUGUGGGUCAAUCGGGAAAGGCGAGGCUGCAGCCGGGAGAGGAGGCCGAGCGGGAGCAAGGCAGGAGUAGUCGGGCAGGGACCACGCAGCAAUCUCAACAUCUCACGCCAGCGGCCAUGUUGUAUCGGGCGGCUGUUACCCGAAGUCAGAAACGUGGGGUCUCCUCUGAGGAGGAGGAAGGAGAAGUGGACAGCGAGGUAGAACUGCCACUCCGGCAAAGGUGGCCUCAAGCAACCAGCAAACGGCAGUCGCUCUCCACCUUCAGCUCUGAGAACUUCUCUGAUGGGGAUGGUGAGGAGGGUACUGGCAGCGAGGGCACCACAGCCUCCCACAGUGGUGGCACACCCGACGUGGCCAGCACCAAUACAGAUGAGCGCCUGGAUGCCGAACGCUCGGAUGAUGACCUCCUGGGGCAUUCUGACGGGCUAUCCGAAAAGGAGGCGGCUAUUCAGCUCGUCAAACACCAGCUCAGUGCUGACCAGAAUGCUGGAGAGGGUCCUGCUGCCUACGAGGAUUCGGACUGCGACAGCGCCGAAUUAGACCAUUCCGGCAGUGGGGAGGUGCAGAGACUGCCGGACAUGUCCAGUUUGUGAUGCCACCUGCUUAGCCUUCCUUGCCCCCGAGCUCCAGGUUGUACAGAUCCCAGACCCCUCCUCUGCCUCCCUGCACCGACACCUCCUCCCCAGAUAUUUAUAUAAAUAAUCUAUAAAGCUCUAUAUAAAUCUAUAUAUCUCAUAAUCUCUGGAGGGGAGAGCCAGUGCACCUCCUUCCCUUUGCAUCCUCUAGGACUGGUUGGGGGUCAAGGGUCACUUCCUGCCAUCAGGGGCUCGCUGCUUCCACUUUCAAGCAGCUGGAGACAUAGAACAAAAGACCUCGUCGAACCCACCGCUACUGGACCCUGCCCCGCAGCUCAGCAGAAGGGCUUUCUACCCAAUCUGAGGCUAUACAUGGGAAGGAAUAGAUCCCUUUCCUUAAGAGUCCUGAACACUGCAGGAUCCAGGAGAAGACCAACUAGCUCUACCCCGGCCUGAUGAGCCACCCAGGGGGGGCAGAGAGACACACAGAAGACUCAAGCUGGAAAGUGGUGCUUUCAUCUGCCAAGGGAAGCCGCAGGGGUACUCUGGAGUCCACGAUGAGACUCGUGCAUCCCAGGCACCAGACGGUCUCUUGAGAUGGACUCAAUGCAUGUUUGGGCCACAGUCAGCACGGAAACUUCCCCCCAACCCACAGCUUGAAAAUAAGUCGUUCCCUCUUCCUUCCCCGCCCAAUAGAGCCCUAUUUCACAAGUAACAACCAAAGCCUGUGCAACAAUGCCCCCAACCCCACCAUCCCCCCUCCCCACACCUCCUUCCCAUCACACACAAGACACUCCGCUUCUGGGAAUCUUGAGUUCAGAGCCCAGAAAACGGCAUCAUUUCCUCACUUCCCUCAACAGCCUUGAUGUGACCCAUUCCAACUUCGGGAAUGGAGGAAAAAAAAAAUCCGCUCCAUUGUGCUCUCUGCUGGCACCAACAUGCACUGCACUUUUUAAUUUAUUUAUUUAUUUUUAAUUUAUAAUGAGGAAUGUUUACAUUUGCACUUAACGUGUGUCCUUGUCGAGGGAAGGGGGGGAUCUGUGUAAUGGGGAGGGAGGGGGUGAACACGAGGGGCAGGAAGCAAGAUUUGGGAUGUCCCCCCCCCAAUUCUUGCAAACUUCUGUCAUGCUUAAAAAAGAGAGAAAAGGAACGUCUGUUGAGUUUACACUUAUGAGGAAAAGCCCCUUUCCUCUUGGUUUCUCAGGUGAAGGUCUUGGUUUGGAGAAAGACAUUGUAUUUUUGUUGUUGGUUCCUUUAA